CGGUCUUGUAUGUCGUAGUAAUUAUGCUUCGUAGUACCAUCACUCGCCCAUUCUUGCUCGUAAGCCCAGGCAAACGGCAGCUGCCUGGCAUCUGGCACCUGGCAGAUUUCCUUUCACCAUCUUCUAGACGCGACGCGUCCUCCCACAGCGAACUGUACGCAUCCGUUUGCGACAGUGCUCUUUUUUUUUUUUUUUAAAAAAAAAAAAAAAAGAGCAAUUUACUCUACGGAAACACCUUCGCUGGUGUCAAUAUUAUUCUCUCUUUAGCUGGGUGGACGUCAUAAUGCUGACGCAUUCGAGACUGCGAACGGCAUACUUGUUCCUUCAAUCAAUAAAAUCAAACGUUAACCCUCUUCGCAACUGAUAUUCUUCAUUUAUUAUUCUACUUCUGGUAUUUCGAUGUAUCAGAUGCACUCUUAGCAUCUUCAGUUCAAACGAUAACGAAGAUCCGUUAGCCAAAAAUGGACCGCAUGGUGGCAACCCAAAUCCCAAAGCAGUCCUUCUUCAAGCCAACAUGCACUCAUAUUACCGCCAUUCGAGUCUAUGGCGGCGAUAGGGUUUACGAAACAUGCCGCCAACAUGGAGAAUUGGGCUGGUUGUACCAGUGUACACAGGAUAUGGAGGAGCGUGUUAAGACGCAGCUUCUACAACGGUAUCCGAAGGGAGCUCCUCUCCAAGCAACGAAAGGGGAUCUUGAGACGUUACACUCAGAGCUAAGCUACAUAUUUGACCUGGAGCAUGGCAACCCUCAUGACGGACUAAGCCGUGUGGAGAAGUUAACAAACAGAGAGGCAUCUCGAUACCGGCCGGAGCAAUUGGCCAAACUGGUACGGCAACGUCAAGAGGUUGAAGAGGCAAUCAAACGACAGCUGAAGAAUCGAGAGGGAACAGCUAAUCUCCCAUUUAUGCCAACACCUUGCCGGCACAUGGUCUGUCAGCGAUGUCGCCCUAUGAUGAACGGACGCAGCACUAUUAGCCUUGAUGCGGCGGCUCUCGGGAAAGCUCUCCCUACCGCCGUAAUCGCGUGCGGAUUUGCAUGGCUUGACGGGAUGCCUAUCAUUGACGCCAGCGUUAUCAAAGGCUUUCCACACCAGCUCCCGAGGCGAGAUGGCACCCUCCAAAUGUCGACACCUGCACUAUUGCAGCUUUUGGAAAAGGAAAUUCAAGAGGGCCAAGCGUCUGGAAGCCCUGUUCAACGCCUUAAGGUACCACUUGAGCAGCAGCUUGGGUGUUUAAAGCAUUCUCCGGCAUGCGAAAACCUUGCCUCAAUUUCCAAAAUACAACAACAGCUGCACAGUUCCUACCCGGUCGCAGGAGGAGGUCUGGUUUCCAAGCCAAUAGAGGCCAAGGACUCUCUUAUGGAAGUCGAGAGUGCUGCAAAACGACGCAAUCAGCCUGUGUGGUCGACAGUGAUGUCGAAGCAACUGAAGGCAGUGUCCAUGGAUCAGUCCAACCAGGGUAACACUACGCACCUGAGAGACAUUAUUACACAUGUAUGAUGGGGCAGGCUACUUUUUGAGUUAUUUGUUUUGUUUUACUACAGAAGGGGCAUCCACCAGCCCUCAAGAAUUGUAUAAGCGCCACGUAUCACAUUAGUGCAAUGACAAUCCAUUAUACCAGUGCGCGGUGCUAGUCCAUAACAACAGGCUUUGUGAAAUCUUCAUGUUUUUGAAUUUCCCCCUACCCAUGGCUUGGGCCGACCCUUAUUAGCCACGGAACCAGCGGCCCACCAUGUUGCUAGCAAUGCUGCCCGCCAGGCUGGUCGUACCGAGAGCCGAACCAGCGAGGUUCGAAGCCUGGCUGAACUUGUCGCAUCUAGAAAAAGCAAGGGUAUUCAUAAUCGUUAGAGCCAAGGCAAUGACUGUUCAGAUCGAAGUUAGCACAUAGUCACAGAGAGUACGGCAUGCACAUGAAGCGGUGCAUGCCUGUGAACCACUUACAAACCAGCGGCAACCAGAGAACAUUGAGGCGCGCAAUCGCCAGAAUGGCCAUGGCCACCCACAGCGCUGGCUGGACAUACAUUGCCAGCCAGAAGAAGCGACUAUCGGUGGCAUUGAUGACCUUUAUUCCGGGCUCGCUGCUCUCAAACACCCAUUUCGAGUCUCCCGUGGCGGGAUCUACUUCGUUCCACCAGCGCAAACCAACAAGACGGCGGCCAGCAAUGUUCUUGAGGUAGUAGAAGUCGGCGGCUAGAAGGAGUAUCGUAAUGAUGAAGAUCAUGGUCCUGCGCAAAGAGAAAGAUGUUAGCUACAAACUAACGGUACCUGGCGCGCAUUGGUGACGCACAUGCUAGAAGUAACCCAGAGGCCAAAGAAGUAGACGGCGAUGCUUGCUAUUAAGUUUAAUACGUUAGUGAUUGUCAUGGUACAGCCAUAGCUGGUAUUGGCUCUGUCAAAGGGCUUCCGGCUACGCGCGGACGACUAACAUAUUCUGAAGGCCAGAAAGGUAAGAAGUGUGAUGGGAUGCGAGCUAAGUUUCCAGCUCAGCGAGCCGGGAAGUGGCUGCUGGGCUUCUAGCUGGGCAGCGUCCAUUAUUUUGGAGUAUAGAUCGCGUUUUGUAUUGCGGAUGGCCCGGGUUAGAUCAAGACAGAGUGGUCGUGUUCGCGACGUUCGCCUCCCCCUUUCAUCAAUCGUACGUGCGCGCGCUGUCGGUUGGCUCAAAAGCUAGGACAACUGCAACAAAGGGGCGUCUUGUAUAGGCAGCAGCGGGAUUGAAUCGAAUUCUAGCUUGCAGUGGUCGUCGCGAUGUCGAUAGAGGGCAGUGUCGUGGGGUGGAUGCGCAAUUGGCGGUUGCUGGCAAGUCG